AUGGUGAAGAAGAAAUCCGAGCAGCUCACGUCCAUUGAACAUGGUACCUUUGAUACGGCCGCACUGCAGCAAGAGUUGGCGCAAGCGUUGGAGGAUGACCGGGUCUACAAACUCACGGACGACAUGAAGAAGCGCGCCAUUCACACCGCAGCCAGCUACGACGAGUUCAAGAAUCUUGUGGCGUGUGCAGAUCUGAAGCCCAUCUCGCAGAAAGAGCUGCGUGACUUCUCCAGGGCCGAGAGGCAGACCAACAUCUCGUUUAACAAGAAGAACAAGACCCGGAAGAAACCUGCGAAUGAACGCCGCUUCCAGCCAACGGCUCCAGCGUUGGAUGUGCCACCGGCAACUUCGGUGGAUUUUUGCCGCAAUUGGAAGCGGUACCUUAAGACAACAGACGCCAAGUUCAGAUAUCUGCAACUUACCACCCCUGAGCGGAUCGCAGAGAUGUUCAAGCCGGACAUUGAUUCGGAUUUGAUGGCGGAGAUUGUCGAAGUGCUGGUGGCUUCUUGGCGGCAGAAGGGAGCAGACGUUGACCCCGAAGAGCCGUCUCAAGCAGCUUUUGCUCUAUCCACCAUGGAGGCGCUCUCCCAAACGGCUCGCUUCUCUCUCAUUCUGGACUUCUUCGACGACCAUCAAACGGACAAGGUGCGUGAACUGUUCAACUUGUUGGAAGCCACGGGCGAUAUAUUCAAGGACGACCUCGAAAUGCUGCCCCAGCUCAAGCAAAAAUUCCGGCUUUGA